AUGGCCGCUCGAACCGGGCGCGAGUCUCUUGACCAUUUUUGUGUUGCCAUCAUUAAGUUGUAUGGUCGAGAGUACUUACGUAGGCCUACUCAACACGACGUUGCUCGCAUUUUCGAGGCACACGAACAACACCAUUACAUGCCGGGGAUGCUUGGUAGCAUCGAUUGUACACACGCCGAGUGGUUAAAUUGUCCUAGACACUUGAGAGGACAAUAUACGAGAGACGACCAUGGCGUUCCCACUAUUAUGUUUGAGAUCACUGCUUCUCAACAUACGUGGAUUUGGCAUGCUUAUUUUGGUGCUGCCGGUUCAAACAACGACAUAAACGUGUUGAACCAAUCCGACUUCAAGUACUCGGCGUUUUUAAAAGCAUACCCGUAUCCUACUGACCCGAAGGAGAAAAGAUUUAAGAAGCUACAAGAGGCGGCGAGGAAAGACGUGGAGCGUGCAUUUGGGAUUCUAAAAGGGAAAUGGAAAAUUCUUAGGCGUCCUCUUCGACCCAUGAUCAAAGACAAGAUCGCACAAUGUGUUUACGCGACUUGUAUUUUACACAACAUGAUCAUAAAAGGCGAUGGCAAAGCAAUCUCACCGGUUCACAUAAUGGACCCGCCGGUCCAACCGGUGUUCGACUCUUCGUUAUGA